AUGUCCGACCGAGCUGCCAAGGUCAAGGUCAAGGACCUCGGUCUCACCCAAGUCUACUGCUCAGAGAAACCGCUGGUCGAUAUUGUCUUUGUGCACGGACUGAACGGCCAUCCACACAAGACUUGGUCGACAAACGAUGUGUUCUGGCCCGCCGAUCUACUGCCUCCGAUGCUAGACCAGCAUCGGGUGCGCGUCCUAACCUAUGGAUACAAUGCAAGCGUUGUAGCAUUUACCGACGGCGUCUCCAGAGACCGAGUCCAUAAUCAUGCCGAAACGCUUGCCUCGGCGCUGGCCGCCAACCGCAACCUCCGAAACUGUUCGGAUCGGCCCAUCAUCUUUGUUUGCCAUUCAUUGGGGGGUCUCGUGGUCAAACGGGCCUUGAUCUACUGCCGGAGCGUCUCCAACGAGAAGAUUGAGCACCUUCGGUCGAUCUUUGUCUCGACGUACGGUAUUCUCUUUCUAGGAACACCGCAUAACGGCUCGGACAUCGCCAAAUGGGGCCUCUUGCUGCAGAAUAUCUGUAGCGCUGUGCUGCCCAAGAAGGUCAUGGACACUUCCGGGGACCUUGUCAAGGCGCUCAGAACGAACAACGAGACUCUCCAGAAUAUCAACAGCCUCUUCGCUGAUAUCAUUGGGCGUUUCCACAUCUUCUUUUUCCACGAGACCCGCUCCACUGAUGUCAAGGGGACUCGGGAGAUGAUCGUCGACGAGAGCUCCGCAGCCCCGUAUAUCGAUGGUGUUGAACGGAGUGGGAUUGAUGCGGAUCAUAGUCACAUGUGCAAGUUCGAAGAUGACAAUGCUCCCGGCUUUGAGAGUGUUGCCGAUGCUCUGUUCCGGUACGCGCGUGAUGCACCUCAUGCCAUUCUCGACAGAUGGGUUGAGGAAGAGAAAACGCGUUUGAUCGCCAGGCAAGCCAAAGCAAGGGAGAUCUUCAACAACGAGAAUAUGAGUCCAUCGCCAAGCGUGCAUAAUGCUCAUCCAACCGGUAGGAAUCAUCACCUUCUCCUUUCACCUCAGCAAUCUGGAUCGGUUACCUUGCAAAAUCCCCCGGAUCGUCUUGCCUUGAAGGGAAGGGAGUCUCCUGAGCCCGGUCCAUCUGUUAGUACAGCCACUCUCGCCCUGUCGCGUUCGUCGUUGAAAGGACCCCUGUUUGUGGCACCGACCGGCUUUCAUCCCAACGCGACCUUCUUUGGAAUGACACGAGAAUUGGAUAUACUACACAGUCGCUUGUUCCGAGCCAAGAAACGAGCUGAACGCCUAGUGGCCGUUCUGAUAUGUGGCGGACCCGGCUUCGGGAAGUCUCAUCUUGCGCGGCAGUAUAUCUUUACUCAUCGGGACUGCUAUGCUGGAGGUAUCUUUUGGGUGGAUGCAAAAUCACGCGAGUCUACAAGCAAAUGUUUCUGGGAUAUCGCACAAGCGGCAAUGCUGACGGACGAGCUGGAGUUUGAGAGUCCCGACUCCAAAACCCCUCAGAGAUACGUGGAAGUGGUUCGCAACUGGUUUCAGACUCGGGAAGAAUGGCUUCUCGUGUUCGAUGGGCUCAAUUUCGACCAUGAAGAUGAUCUGAAUCACUUCAAGCAGUUCUUGCCCUUCAACAAACGGUGCAGCAUCAUCUAUACCUCCGUUGAUCGAACACUACGGAAGAAACAGCGACUAUAUGAGCCAUAUUGUCUCCAAGUUCCCCCGCUCACAGUUGAAGAUGCUUGCAAGCUGUUGUUCAAGGACCUCGGAAUCAAAAGACCAUCCAAGGAGCAAAUCCGCAAGGGAACUGAGCUGGUCAAUCAUUAUGAAUGUCUUCCGCUCGCAAUCCACGCCAUCAGUCACCGUCUCAGUGCAAUGUCCAAACCUAUUGAAAAGUACCAUAUCGACUCCCAUCUGACCGAUGAAAAGCUUGCGGAGCCCUUUCUGAGUAUCAUGCGCGACCUCUUUCGCAUGAACCAUCUUGAAGCCCUGAGUCUGAUCAAUAUUCUGUCUUUCCUUGGUCAUCAUGUUCCGGUUGGCCUCAUUAAUCUCGGCAGGCCCGCCCUGGAGGUUUUGAAUGUCCAGAUUUUGACAAGCAGCAGGCCGGGGGAACGGCCUGAUAUCGACACGACUCUUGGAAUCCUGAUUAAAUACGGACUGAUCGAGAGGACUUCCGAUGCGUACGCACUGCAUCCUCGCAAUCUCUCACCCCAAUCUGAGAAGGAUAACAUCUUGGAGGCCGGAGAUGUCAUCCCUGACCUAUCCGAAUCCCAAACGGAGAGUAGCCAGGAAGCAUUCUUCUCGGUCUAUCAAAGCGCAGGUUCCAUCGACGUCAUCAAGAUCCACAGCGUUGUUCAAGGAUUCUGUCGUGACGAAUUAAAGAUCAUGGACGAAGAGAUGAGAAAACAGCCCGACAGGCCGGAUACUCCCAAAUAUGCCGAAGAUUACUAUCCCUCAUGGCUUGUUGUUGCCACACGAGUUCUGUGCAGGUCCUAUGAGAAUGCGAAAAAGAGGAUGGACCAUGUCGACGACUAUGGUCUGGUCAAAGACUACCGAGAAUACGAGACGCAGGCGUCACGGUUGGUCGAGAAUUUUCCCAGGAGGCGUUCAAGUGAGCCAGAAAUUGUGCGGGAGGCCCGUAUCGACCUAAGGCAGAUGAUGAAGAGUAUCUCCGACGCGAUCCACCAACUGUCUCCUAGUUCGUCGCAGGAUUCCGUUCGUAAGCAUCGAUCUGUCUUUGAUCGGUCUAGCAGCUCGUCUUCAUCCAUGCCGGAUUCUUCUUUUGACGACGGCCCUUCGCGUCAAUUGACUUGGGACCUAAAUGAUAUGGUUGCGGUUAAAGUUGAAUCGCCCAAGGAGAUGCCGCCGGCGGCCCAUCAGUUCAACUUGAGCCCCUUUAUUCCUCAUAUUUUCAGAGAGUCCAGUAGCGGAAGGGAGGGGUAUGAGUCCGACAAUGAAUACCGCCCAGGCGAGACGCGGAUCUCUCCGGCACACUCACACAUCAGCCAAAGCACGGAGAAGCCCAGCCCAUCUCAGCCCCCGAGCCCGCCACGGGAUGAUCAAGGGUGGCAGGUUGUGGAGAAGCCACAAAAACCGCGACCAGGCAAGGAAAGACAACCGAAGCAGCGCCCCAAGUUUCCCCGACAUAUUCAAGGCGCAAGACUGGCCGCUCCCGUUCUCGAGAUAUUCCCUGUGGAAGGACGGAGUAUAUCGAACAGUAGCUUAAACAACGGCCGAAGCAGUUCUUCUGUUUCAGCCACAGAGGCACUCACGGCCGUGCAUAACGCUAGCUCACCUCGCACCUCGGAGGAAGAUAUUCACUGGGCGGGCACUGAGCAUGGGUCCGGCAACAAAGAAAAUUCGCGCACAUGGGCUGCUGUGGCAGCGAAAGCCAAGCGCGCUGUGGAUGUUUCUUCCCCCACAAAGCGAGCUUCAUCGUCAUCGCUCGGCGCAGAGGUUGGUCCAAGUUUGCUCGGAACGCAGCCAUUGCAAGGCAAGUCUUCAGUCAAAUCGUUGGAUACCCGACCUAGCACUGGUCAAGGGCCAUCCCCUCCCCGUGAGACCCAGAUAGAGCGAAUGAGUCGAUCGACGUACAGUGAGCCAAGCCAGGACUAUCUUGCACAGCAUUUGAACGCACUGGAUCUGAGAGCUGCUCCGGAGAGCCGCUAUCAUGCUCGCCAACUCUCUGCGGUCGCACCAAUGGCAGCGGCACCAUUGCGGGAUAUGUCAGCCAGUUCUCCGUCCCUUCUCCCAUACUAUCCGCCCCCGAUUCCGUACGAAAACCAGAUCGAGAUUGCAGUUGCGCGGCGGCUGAACGCGACUGCCCAACAGGUACCAGCACCGGCACCUGUACCUAUCAGUCAGACGGCGACGAAUCUCAACCCGAUAUUACAUCCCUCCGCCAUCAUGCCGGGGGCCUCGCCUCCGUCAUCGCUCAUGGCCGAAGCGGUUGGAUAUGGUGGGUACAUAUCCGACCCACCUCCGGUGCUGGAGCCAAUGUCACGAGGACCAUCUGGACAGUCUCAGCAGUCUUGGUACACAGAGCCGGUUCGCUUUCCACCGCGGUUCCCUCCCAUGCCUGCCACUGCCGCCACCAUGGGACCUUUCUUGCCGCAACAGCAGACACUCUCCGGCGCUGGAAGCUGGAUCGGUGACGGCCAACAGCCGGGUGGCUUUGGGGCAGGCAUGCCGGCGGACAUUGCGUUUGCGGCCCGGACUCAGACGCGACCUGCCAGCUCACUCGACAGCUCGCUGCAUGGCAGAGAGUUUGGCUGGGAAGGAGAGCCUGUGCCAAAUAUCGCGUUCCCGCCGUCAGCGACAACACUGCACUUUGGAGCUCAUCAAGUGGAUGUGCGAGACGCGCGGCAGCGAUUCGAACUGAGCAGCCGGUACCCGGUCCAGGGGCCGAGUGCUCCUGCAUACCACUUGUAUCAUUCCAAUCGAUCGGGGCCUCUGAUGCGCCAGACUCAGGAAAUGGCGAUCCCAGGACCCGCUCAGGGAGCCUACGACCGGCGAGCACGGAGCGGCAGUUCUCCUCUGAACCCUGAUUUUCAUCAUCUAGGCUCGAACCUAUGA